AUGGCCCGCAUUCGCUCCAGCUCCCGAGGCAAAACCGCUGCUGUUGCCGCUGCGGCCCGCGACAUAGAUUUCAGACAUCUCUGGCGGCAAUUGUGUGUUGUAGGAUGGACAGCCAAGCGGCCUCGUGGCAUACAGCGUGAGUGGACCUACGUUAGUCCAGACGGCUUGGAAACGUUUGUUGGUGAGAAUGCAGUAGUACUGUUUGCUAUUGAGUCUGGAUUGCUUCAGGAUAUUGAGGGCAACGAGAGCGCAGACGGAGAGGGCGGGAUUGAAGCAGCAGAGGACGCCGCAACCGAAGAAGCCCAAGAAGAUGCCGAGGAUGCUGUGGCCGACGACGUCCGUCCGUCUCAAAUCGACAUUUCCGCUCAGCUCUCCCUAAACACCUUGGACGAGUUGUUUGGAGCAUCCAGCGCGGUGGCUCGGGCGUUUGACCUGUCGCCAACCAACUUGCCAUUGGUGGAGUCAGAUCGAGAAGCAGCCACUAGCCUGAAUUUACUGUCCGAAGCAUCUGUAGCCGAAAGCGAAGCUACACCAGAAGCGACACCAGGUGCGCCGGCGGACCGGAUUUUGCGACCAAGAAAAGGCGCCAAGAGCGACGUGAAUUUUGUUCCAGACAACGAGGAUUUGGGCGCUUAUGAGAGCUUCAGCUCCGGAGAUAGUGCCGCAGAAGAUUUUGACGAUGGAAGUGAUGGUGUUGGUUGCCCAGCGGCUGCCGAGGAUGACAUGGACUUGGUAUCUGACAACGAUGCAGUGGAGAUGGACGAAGGUUUCGUUACGUCGUUUCAAAUUGGCGCAGAGACUAUGAGCAAGAGCGCGAUUCAGCAACGAGCGGAGGCUUUACGGGGAAUGCAGUGGACACCAGCAACGUCAUUGUACGAGGAAAACGUUCCCGCGUAUCCUGGGCUCAACAUGGAUGAUGCACAUCCGACGCAAGAGCUGCGUAGCAUUUGUCACUCCCCGCUACUUACCUUUUUCUACUUCAUGCCCAAGUCACUAUGGAAUAUGAUCGGUGCGGAAACUAGCCGGUAUAGCCUACAACAAGUGGACAAGCGAGCAAGGCGGAUAUUUUCUAGGCAAGCCGACCGCCGAGAGACCUUUGUCCAGAUUCGCCGCCGUUUGAGAGCGACUCCUGCCUACCAGACGAACGAGAUCCUGCAUGUGAUUGGGUUUCUCGUUGCCCGUAUGUUGUGCCCACAGAAGUGUCGGUUUUCGGCACAUAGGUUGAUGUCUGUCGAUGGUGCCAUUCCCGCUGAGACGUUUGGCCAAUUCAUGGGCCUUAGCCGGUGCACGGACAUCUUGCGCGAUCUCCACUUCGUUGACAACGAAGCCGAGCGAACGCGAGACAAGCUCUGGAAAUUGCGCUCCAUCGUCGACAAGUUACAGCAGCGGUUUCUUGCUGGCUGGUCGCUACCAGCGGUUUUUUCUUCUGAUGAAGGUGUUCUCCCCUCUACAUCAAAGCGGAAUACUACCCGCAUGUUUAUGCCAGAUAAGCCCCACCGAUUUGAAAACAACGUCACACUUAUCGUGACGCUCUUCAAUCAGCUGCAACGGUAUGCUGCGGUGCGAAAAGCAGCCACGGCUUCAACAGCACAUUCAGAGACGUUGCGAAAGCCGGGCCAAUUAGCAAGUGGUGUCAAUUUUAAGAAGUCUCUGCUGGCGGCCAAGAACCAUCCUGAUUCGCCUGCAGCCAAACGACUGAACGCAAGCUUACUGCGGAUAUUGUCCGUCAUUGGGGGAACUAUUCCAUUUUCACCUUUCGAGCGUGCUGAAACACGUCCCAAACUGGCUGCUAUGAGUUUUCGUUUUGGACUUCCGCAGUUUGGAGGUGGCACAUUACCGCGUACUUGUGAGGUGACGUUACCGCCGGCCGGAGACAAUUUGGCUGCCUUUUAUCAUGCGGUUGAAAAGUCUAUUGGCACGACAAACAUUCACAGUCACUCAAGGACUUGCAUAAAAGGCAAGCGUGGAAAAUCUCAAUGUCGACUCUGCCGUCCUGCGGGGAUCCACGACCAAAAUACACAGCCACUGCAUAUCAGCAAGAGCAACAGUGAAUACAUGGGACGAAGUGCAGAACAGGAAGCAAAGCUGGACGCUGGUUAUGAUACAGCAAAGGUGAACUUCUGCGCCCACACAUUGCCGGUCCGGUUGUAUGGGAGCAAUUUCGCCCACCACCGGAUGCUCCUGACGGUGGAGCGCCCUUGA